UCAAGAUUUCCGUAGAGACCGAAAACGAAGAACGAAAGUUCGAUGAAUGGAUUGCUUACCGCAACUCAAACUGCCUUUAAGACUAAAAGAACUUCAAGAAAAUAUCCAGGAGCAAAAAGUCUUACAAAGUGAACUAGGCACCCUAAAAAAAAAUGCUAAAGUAUAUCGCCAGCAGCAGAACAGUAAUAUUCUGUUUUUGUCCAGCUUAGACAAGGAAAUGAGUCGAGCAAAAAGCAAAUACUCUGGACCAUUUGCAGAAAGAGUAUCAGGAAAUGGAGGGGAGCAUGUCUGCACAUAAAGGAAAAGAGGAAAACCGCACAGAUUUGGAGCAAUCUAGACCAUCAUGAUAUGAUCAACAGACAAUGCAUCAGUCAUCGUAGGGAGCUGUUUUUGGUGGCAAUUAACUCCUAACUAUAUGACAAGCUUUUAGGCAGAAAAGACCUGGCUUUUUCUUAACAGCCCAACCAGCUACACAAUUUUGUGAAAGAGUUUCGGUGCUGUUUUUGCACCAGAUAAACACAUAGCUGAGCAGUUUAUCUGCAUCUAUUGAAACAUCCUCCCAAUAACGAAGACCAUCUUUAACCAAGCUUGUAACUUUCACAAACAAGACAAAAAAUGGGUCCAUGUCCACACUACAUUCUUGUGCAAACAAAAUUACAGGAAAAUUUAGCACUUUCUCAAACAGACCUAAUGUUAUUGGUUAUGUGUCUAUGGUAAAGCUAGGUCUCAGUGCUAAAAUUUUACCAUCUUUACAUUGAUAAAAUGAUAUUUUUAAAUUUUAUGUCUAGGGUCACGUCAUGGGUUGAAAAACUGAAUAUAUACCUCCAUGUUCACAACUAGCUGAAUCUGAAAUAACAUGAAUCUGCAAAUGAUAGAUGUUUGGUUCUGUGAGAACAUGAUGCUGAGUGGUAAAGCUGGUGGGUAAAAGCAACUUUACAAAGUGUCAUUUUGAUAAUAUUCAAGAUGAAUGUGACAGUCCCAAUGAAUAUCAAAUUUUUAAAGAUU